CUUUAUCCUUAUGAACUUUUAGCGGUGGGAUGAACAAGAUGACAUCUCAUCUGGAAUUUCCGUAAUCGUGUUAGCACUAAACUUAUUAUCAGUUUUUUUUCAAUGCAAUCCAAUUUGCCUUUAAAUUGUUCUUUGGAAAAUAAGUUGGAACACCUAAAUUUAUGUGGAAACGCAUUCGGAUAUGGCCAUAAUUCUUCUUCGCAAUAUAAAUUAAGGGAUAAGACUGGUUAUCCCCCAGACACACCGCAGAAGUAUGUCAAUGACAUGAAAACAGCAAGACACAACACAAGAGCGAUGUUGUUUGAUUCUGAAAGAGGCCCUUUGAGCCCGAAAGCUACUGAAAAUAAUUAUUGCAGAGCAAGUCCUAGCCCUAUGGUUAACAGACCAAGUACAGUUUUUAGCCCAGUCGGUGGACCUUCAAGUUCAUUUGAAAAAAUUCGUCAAGAUCUUCUCCAAUCAGGCCAUUUGUUUUGCGAUUCUGCUUUUCCAGCUGAUGACUCAAGUCUUUAUUACAGUCAAAGACCACCAUGUCAAAUUGUCUGGAUGCGUCCAAGUGAAAUAGUUGCUGCGAACAGCGGAGGUGGUUCCAUGGGUAUAACCCCAAGAAAGAUAUCAACACCAGAAUUCAUUGGUGAAGGUGGAAUCAAACUCGGCGAACUGAGACAGGGAGAAUUAGGAGAUUGUUGGGUAGUUGCUGCAUUGGCUGCUAUAGCCAGCCAACCGAGUCUUCUUAGUCGUACUAUUCCUACUGGACAGUCUUUUCGAGUAGAAUGGUAUGCUGGCAUAUUUGCCUUUCGAUUCUGGCGUUUUGGGCGUUGGGAAGAAGUUUAUAUUGAUGAUCGUCUUCCAGUUAAAUCUGGUGGUCAACCAUUGUUUGUACAUUCUGGACGUUUAACAGAAUUUUGGCCAACGUUAUUGGAAAAAGCUUACGCAAAACUAAAUGGGUCAUAUGAAGCUUUGAAUGUUGGACUUGUCGGAGAUGCAAUGGAUGAUCUGACUGGUGGUUUAACAGAAUCAUAUACACUUCCAGGGGCAGAAGACCACGGACUUCAACCUCCAUCCGACUUAGACGAUAUAUUAAUAAAAUCGUUUGAUCGUCGAAGUUUGAUUACAGCUCGCAUAAAGACUAAAGGAGUACCUGGUCCAGGUUUUGUCAUACCGGUAGGAUUUGUACCUGGUCAAGCAUUUGGUUUAACAGAUUGUCGAAAGCUUCGAUUGACGGAUGCAUCAGGAAGUCGUUUACUCCGUUUAGUUCGCUUAAGAAAUUUAUGGCCUUCAGUUCGUGUGGACUGGACAGGUGCAUGGUCAGAGGGUUCAACAGAAUGGCUUAGUCUUCCACCACAAGACCGUUUAAAAGUUGGCUUGGUGAAAGCUCAAGAAGAGUUUUGGAUGUCCCUUGAAGAUUUUAUUGCCAAUUUUGACUAUUUGGAUAUUUGUCAUCUAACAGAGCCACCUCCAGUAAUUUCUAAAUCUACUAGUGCUUAUCAUUCCUUACAUAAUUUCCCAUCAGUUCACUUACGUGGUCGGUGGCUUCGAGGUGUGUCAUGUGGAGGUCGACCAUACAUCCGUGCAAGUCACUGGGCGAAUCCUCAAUUUCGACUGGUAAUUAAUUCACCUGAUCCAAAUGAUCCUGAUGGUUUCGCUACAACCGUAAUUGCUUUAAUGCAAGCUGAUCGUCGUCGUCUACGUCAUCGUGCUCCUCGACUCGCAUCUAUUGGAUUUGUUUUAUAUCGGCUUCCAGCUGGUGCUAAUCCACCAAUGCCACGUGGAUUUUUUGAAACUAAUCAUCAUAUAGCUAGUGUGGAUUUUUUCUUCGAUUCUAGAGAAGUUGUUAAACGGUUAAAAUUAACACCAGGUCAUUAUCUUCUUGUUCCAUGUACAUAUGCAGCUGAUCAACCAGGUGAAUUUUUAUUACGUUUAUUAUUUGACAAUCCGGAUAGAAUUUGCGAAUCCACUUUGGAACGCGUAGAACUUAGUGGUUUAGCUGCAACUGGACCAGAGCUAGAUCCAAACUAUGAAUUAUUUCAGCCACGUCUUAGACGAUUAUUUUAUGAAGCUUCAGGUGAAUCGAUGUCUGUUGAUGCAUUUCAGUUGGAACCAAUACUUAAUUGCCUUUUGCGAGAUGAUCAUCGGGCACCAUACAGUAUGGUUAGUACAGAUGCUUGUCGAUCUCUGGUAGCCCUUCUCGAUCGUGAUGGGACAGGACGUUUGUGUGAAUCAGAUUUUCGACGAGUCUGGGAUAUUCUACGAUCAUGGUCUCGUCUGUUUGCAAGUUUUGAUCCACAGAGAACUGCUCAUGUAACGAGUUUGGACUUUCGAAUUAUUGUUGAACAAGCGGGUUAUACUCUUCCACACACACUAUUUUCUAAACUUGUGAACCGAUUUGUUAAUGUAGAUUGGCGUCUUGAUUAUCCGCAUUUCAUCAGCGCUAUGUCACUUAUAACAAAAUCAGUUGCAAUUUUUAAGAAUUUUGAUCAUGGUGGACGAGCUGUACUACCCUUGGAACAAUGUAUUGUUCAAAAACUACUCCUGAUAAAGUAAGGCGAGUGACUGUUCAAAGUUAAAAGUUAUACUUUCAAAUUUUUGAUCUACGUCAUACGAGGUAUAUUGAUGAGUUUUGAAGUAAUCUUGUAGGAAGUGAGUUAUGGCAGUCAAUAUUACUUGGGAUUAAACGUGUAAAUGAAAAGCUUAACACCUACUUAAAUGUUCAGUCCCUACUGAUAUAUGAACAGGUUCACAAAAACUUAAAAUUUUUCAGAUCGAUAGAAGUGUGUUUGUUUAAUUAACAUUUUUCCAGCUCUUCUAAAUAGACGUACUGGUUAAUAAAAUGACAAUGUUAGAAAUCUGUAAAAACUGUGAUCUAAAAUCAAUUAGUGUAAUCAAGAUGCAACAUUUCACAACGUAACGCUGCAUUAAAUAAGAAAUUAAGACAAGUACAUGAUUAUGAUUUAAACUACUAAUGGAACUUAAUAACUAACUGGCAAAAUUUGUUUCACUGUUAACCAUCACGUGUAAUAUAACUAUUAAUUGACAUUUGUCAUUUUUUUUUACUGUUACAUAUGUUACAUAUAUUUACAGUUGAAUAAACAUUCAACAUUUUAAUAAAAAUGUCUAUCAAACCUAUUUUCCACUCGUUUAUAGUAAAUUAUAAAUUAACGAUUUCAGACUACUUUCAAAUAAACAAUACAAUGAACAGUAUAUUGUUUUGUUCAGUAUUACAUUUGUGAAUUUUUUUUCUUCAAUUUACCUUUUUUUUCUAAAUUGACCAUUUAAUACUUGAUUAUUAAUUCAAUGAAUUGUUUACAAUGAAGAAUCUCAGUUUUUUUCUUUCUUUUUGUUUAGUUUGUCGAAAUCGCAAUGACAAUGUAAUUUGAAAUGGAAUAAACGAAAAGUAAUUCAUUCUUCCUCACCUUAUCUAUCUCUUUCUUUAUGUUUUUAUAUUCCUUGUAAAAAAGAAUUCACUACUUCAGUAAUAUAUAAUCUAUUUUAAUAAGUCAGAUAACUUAUCGGUAUAUACUUCAAUAUUGAUAUUGUUACAAUAAUAAUAAUAAUAAUUUUUUUUCGGAUUAUAAUUUCCACAAUGUUUGGUUAUUUUGUACACAAAAUCCUAUUAUUUUUAUGUUUCUAACUGAUAUCUAUACAAAGAGAGGGAGUGAGCAAAGAGAGGUGUUAUACUUUUUAACUACCAUUAUUCCGAUUUGAUUAACAAUCUAUUCAUCGAUUUGAUCACUUCAAAUUAUUUAUUUACACUUUAUUUAUCUCAUUUCAAUUUCACCAAUCCAUAUCUUACAACUCCUCCUCUCUUAAUACGAUAGUUAUUUAAAUAUACAGAAAGUCAAGACUACUGCUGCCACUUCUACAACUACUGAUUUUGUUAUAUCAUUGAAAAGAGUUUAUCAUAAUUAUGGCAGGUAGAAUGCAGAUCAUGGCAAUUGAUAAUCGUUAUCAUAAUUAUGGACAAAUGUUUCUUUUAUACACAUUUAUUCGUAUACUCAUUCGAGCUGCUGUGAGAAAAUACAAAUAACAGAAUUAAAAUCACUUAUUUUUUAAUUAUUAUUAUUAUUUCCUACUUAAAAAUCCAAAUUAAUUUUUCCUCGUUAUGACUAACAUAUUAGUAAUCAAGUUCAUAAAGUACAUAAGUUUAAUGUUUUAUUGACUGUUCUACUAACAGUGCUGUUAUAACUGCUAAAAUAACUAAUUAUGGUAAUCAUGAGUAUUAUUAGUGCAUAAUUAAAAUGAUAAUAUUUGAUUUAUUCCAAAAAGGUUUAGUAACUCUUACUCUCCCCUUGUUCCACGCUCUCCUUGUAACCACCCUAUAUUUUGUGUUCCCCUUUUUACUUCUUUUAUUUUACCCUUCUCAUUUCACAUUCUCUGUCUUUACUUUUUUGAUUUUCCAUUACAUAAAUUUCCUUUCAUAUUUCUAAUGGAGAGUUGGAAAUACCAAUUUUUUCUUUAUAUAUAUAUAUAUAUAUAUAUAUAUAUAUUCCUAUGUUCUAAUGACUUGUUAUACUAAAAUGUAUGCAAACAACCUUUUUGUAAGUUUAAUUUAAGAAAAAAUUCGCAUGUACAUUUCCCGACUACGGUUUUGCUUUUUCCAUCAAUUAUAUUUACCAUCCUUUGUUUGUAUAUACACAUUUAUUUGUUUAUCUAUAUUCUCUUAGCUGUUUCAUUUACCGUGUUAUAAGAGAAUUGUAUGUUCUUUAUUUAUUAAUUCAUGAAUUGGUUUUUGUCUUUGCAUUCUUCCCCUUCUUCAUCUUCUUUUUUUUCUUCCUCUUCUUCUUUAUUCCUCUUCUAUGUUUCUGCAUAUAAAACCGUGUUAAUUAUUGUUAUUAUGAUAAAUAUGGUAAUUCAUUUUAUACAAUAGAUAUUUUCAAUUGCGUUUA